ACAACUUCCGGCCGUCCAUUUUUCCCCUGAACGUCGUCUGCCGUUGUAAUCAUUACACCGUGGUGAUAGUACAACGAAGUGAAGUAGUGUCAGAAGUGACGAGUGUCGAGCCCGUUUUUUCGAAGUUCAUCGAGAAGUGAUAACCGUUUUCCUCGUAACGUCCGCCCGUAACAGGUAAACGAAACGUUCGUUGCGCAGCUCAGUCGGAACCUGGAGGCGAAAAUACCCGCGGAUAGCUUCGUUGGAAGCCCGUGAUCGCGGAAAGAAAGAAGUCUCUCCUCGUUCUUGGAACUUCGUCUCGCGUCGUGCGGGAACACGGUGUGCGAGUACAUUGACGAUGGCACGAUCGAGUCAAUUUCCGUUGAUCGGACACACGGGGCCCGAUACGUUUCCAUUCGCCUCUGGUUGACGUUUCUGUCCCUUCGUUCGCACGGAAUAAACAGCCCCUGCAACCGCGUGAUCCGAACGUUCGACGUCGGUGUUCUUCCUCUUCCUCCUCCUCUUUUUUUUUCUUUUCCUGUCUUUUCCUUUCCUUUUCUUUUCCAUCGCCGUUUAUUUUGAAUCGCCGCUUGAAGCGUGUGUUAAUCAGACAAACAAACUGUGGCCAAGGCGGGUGUUAAUCGGACACGCCGCAAGGAAAUCUGGAAAGGACGACGUGCGAGUCGAUGAGAAGAAGGAAGCGGUGGAGGAGAAGAAAGAGGCAGAAAUUUAGGAUCAUUGGAAGAUAUGGAGAACAACGACGAAGCGCGGACUGUUGCCGAACGUGCAUCAACGUCGAAGGAGGAACCCUUGGAGGCGACUGCCGAUGAUGAUUACGGCUGCGAGCAUUACAAGCGAAAAUCCAAGUUUGUGACACCGUGUUGCAACAAGGUGUACACGUGCCGAUUCUGUCACGACAAGGAGGAGACCCACACGGUAAACAGGAAAGAGGUGACGGAACUUAUAUGCGUGCUGUGCGAUACGCGUCAACCCGUGCAAGCUACUUGCCAGAAUUGUCAUUGCCGGUUCGGCAAGUAUACGUGUCUCGAAUGCAACUUAUUCGACGACGAGGACAAGAAUCAGUAUCACUGCGAUGGCUGCGGGAUAUGCAGGGUCGGCGGUCGCGACCGAUUUUUCCACUGUGCCAAGUGCAACAUGUGUUUGCCAGUUCAGUUACAAAACGGGCACACGUGUGUAGAAAAUGUCUCUCACGCAAAUUGUCCAGUUUGUCUGGAGGACAUUCACACAAGUCGUAUACCCUGUCACAUUCCAAACUGUGGUCAUCUGCUUCAUCGCACUUGUUUCGAGGAAUUGUUACACUCAGGACAUUACGCGUGUCCAACUUGCCAAGUAUCGCUCUUAGAUAUGACUGAUUUAUGGAGAUUUUUGGAUAUGGAAGUAUCUUCAACACCAAUGCCAGAGGAGUACAGGGAUUACAAGGUUGAUAUUCUGUGCAAAGACUGUCACGAGGAGUCGACGGUAAAAUUCCAUAUUGUAGGUUUGAAAUGUCUGAAUUGUGGAAGUUAUAACACAUGCAGAGUCAAAGGAUCCCCUUCUCCAGCAGAUCCAGACACGUUGGAUUAAACAGCAUAAAAUUACGUUGGCGAUGAAGAGAAUUCGCGACGCUCUAGAACUUUAGAGUAUUAAAACGGGAAGAAAUGCGAAACAUUCACGAGAAAGUGUUACUCUUGGACGUUUCGGGCAAAAAAGAGACAUUAGAAAAUGGCCUCGUCGGCGUUAUACCUCUUUACUUGUUUUUAGUGAAUUUAUACAUCUUUGUUGAUUGUUUUUAGACGUUUUUUAUAGACGUUAUUUUAUUAGGAGGCUGAACGUAGCGACUGAUCUAAUCAGCAGUGUUUAUAUCUGUAAUCAUGGAAACUACUGAAUUAUUGAAUAGUCGUAACUUGAAUUAAUUCGAAUCAUUUAGAGCGAAUAGUUUAUUCCUUUUUUCUUUUUUCUUCUUCGAAAAUACAAAUGUCACUUAACGAUAGCGAUUCUAAAUCAUUCGAUUUGUCUUAGUAGUUACUGUUAUUUCCUUACUCAUUGGAGGCGCGGUAUACACGGUGUCCCCGUUUCCUAAAAAUUCUUCUCGCGCUGUUCCCAAGUAUAUCCUUAAACAUUUCGUAAGGCGUGACUUUCUUUCGAUGCAAUCUUUUCGUAAAUGCUAAAUCAAUAUGCCGGUAGUACUAGUCAAAGAAAGAAAAAAAAAAAAUAUCUCCCCCUCUUUUAGCUAUUGUUAUAAUCGACAGCUAAGAAUUCCUCUGUAUUAUCUCUACUACACAUAGUUCCCCGAUGUUAUAUUACGCAAUUAUAUCUAGAGAUAGAAAUCAAUGAGAUUAUUACUAAUAAGACACAUUUUAUUUCUUAAUCAAUUAUUGUACGCGCAAUUUUCGAAAAGAUCGCCAUCUAGUCAAAGAUUUCUUGAGUCACUUCUUGAUACGAUCGUUCUGUAAAAAAAAAAAAAAAAGCAGAAUGCGCGGGGGAAUCUCAGAUAGUUGGAUGACCGUAAGCUGAUACCUGACACGAUAAUUGUUCUGUUUUUGAAAUUUCACGAAACAUAUUCGUACAGGUAAGCCUUGGAAAUGAUCCACGAAGAUUCGAGGCUUCGACAUUCAUCUAUCGAAUUUUAUCGGGCAUUACCACCGUGUUAUUGUGAACUUAAAAAAAAAAAGAAAAAAAAAACCAUAAUUAUAUACUUUGUAUGUAUGCUUAGGUGUCUUUUAGUGCACGUGUUUGCAAACGCAAACUUCUUUUUUUUUUUUUUUUUACGUCAAUACGAUGUAUAUCACAGACUCGCAAACUUUAUUAAUAAUAUUUAGUAUAAUUCGUACACAACUAGAUAUUGCAUAUUUAUCGUAGUAAAAAGAUUAACACUUUGAUUCUUCUUCUUAAAAGAAAAAAAAAAGAAAGAAAGAAAGAAAAACGUGCAUAAGAUUGACGACAAAUUUCAAACAAAGUUAACGACGUAUCUCAUUGAUUUUAUACAAACUAGUUGGUAAUUCGCAAUAUUUUUUAUCAUCUUAUUUUGCAAAGGGAAUCUACGGUAUUAAUUACAUUCCGACUGCUAUACUUUUGAAAAAAUAUAUCUAGCGAAUAUAAACUAAAAACAGUAUUUUCCUUUGAAAUUUGAAUAACCAGUUGAAUAGUUAAGGAAAUGCGCAUACUUUAUUCAAUUUUUAGCGUUAAAAAUAAGUGAAGAAAGUGUCAGACCAUAAAAAGAAUGUACAAUUAGUAACGAGGGUUAUAUCAUAGAAAGAAAAGAAAAAAAAAAAAAAAAUGAUGUAAUUUCGUAUUUAAUACUGUAAUGUAGUCUUAUUAACUUGCCGUGAAAGUUCUACGAAGAACUCUGAAUUCUGUUGGAACGUGUAAAAAAAACGCGUGUAUCAAAAGGCAUUAGAAUUACGUUCGACGAUUACAGUUAUCGUUAAUGAACAUUGUCAUAUCGUGUCCAGAUUGAAUGUACUACUGGGUAAUCUUGUACUGUUUGCGUUUAGAUGCAACUGUAACUGUGUAAUUCGACCUCCUGGUGUGAGAUAAAGCGCGCGUCACUUCGUGCAGCGAAGUCUGAGAAGAUAUCCUUAGGGUAUCCAAAGCUCAAGUGAAAGCAAAGAAAAGUUGAGUUGGUUAGGCAACGCUCGAUAUAAUGUAUCUCACCACGAACGUGAGGACGCUUUUAUUGGUCAUGGAGCAACUUUUUUUUUUAAUCUGUUUGCCGAGCAAUACACAGGCUGAUCAUCGUAUAAGCACUUGCAUCUCUUCUAUCCAUUCCAUGUUUUUAUAAAAUAGCACGGUGAUGUACGCCGAGAAUUUAAUUGAAGUACGCUGUUACUAAUAAUAUUAACGAGCAAUCUUAGCAUGAUGUUUCAUUUCGUUUGUUUAAAAAAAAAAAGAAAAACCGUAAAAGUGGAUAGUCGUGGCGUGAUUAAGGCGAAAAGUCGUCAGAAAAAUCCUCUUUAUGGUUCGUAGGUUUCGAAUAGCAUCCGUCGUGCCGUUUUAAAGAGAGGAAACAUUUUACCAACAGUUUAUUUUUUGGUGUGAUUAUUAUCACGUCUUUAUUAUUCAGUUGUAAAUUAAAUAUGAAUUACAAAGGCUCUUUGUACAUAACGGCCGCAAUAAUGCUUUUGUUUUAUAUUAUAUAAUAUAUACUAUUGUAUCAAAUAAACCGACUAUUAUUUUAUUCUUCUA